CGACCGCCGCCCCCCCACCAACACACACACACACACGCACAUGCGCACACUUACUCCUACAAGUGCUCUCAGAGCAGCACACUCUCACUUCAGCUUUGCACAGGAUAUUAUGAAAUCGGCAGCGUUGCUGAAACUUAGUGAAGGUCGCUUUGAGUACUCUCUCUCACCCACACACCCACACGCCCUCUUCACCUUGCACUUAAACACUCACACGCACACGCACACACUCACACACAUACUCCAGCAGAGAGCUGAAUCUCCGCUCAGUCCCAGUCUUCUGCUGCUGGAGCGAGGAGCCAGCUGGUGAUCGGACUGUUUUGCGCGAAGCGAAGGGGCCAAGCCGGCGUCGAUUUGUUGUCCUUCCCAAGCUCCGACCAGCGAGCCGAGGGAGACGAGGGGGCGGGAGGAGAAGAGGAAUAGUGAUGGCCAUGGCCGACAUUGCGGAGGAUGACCUGGAUGAGGUGAUGCGCGAUGAAGCCGAGGAUGUCUUCUUCCAGGACGGAGUGUCGUCCCGGGUCCCGGAGAUCAUGGCGGCCGGCACCCACUCCCCCGGAGGGCCCAACGGCAUAAUCCGGAGUCAGUCAUUCGCCGGGUUUAGCACGCUGCAGGAGCGGCGCUCUCGCUGUAACUCGUUCAUGGGGAACUCGGCGGUGCAGAAGAAGCCUCAGUCGAAGCCGAAGAAGACCCACCCGGCAGGACACAAGGGGGGCAGCAGCUCCAGGGAGCCGCAGCCCAAAAGACUCGAGGAAGUUUACAACGCACUCAAACAAGGCCUGGAUGAGUAUCUUGAAGUUCAUCAGACAGAGCUGGAAAAACUAAUGUGUCUGAUGAAGGACAUGAAGAGAAACUCUCGCCUGGGAGUGCUCUACGAUCUUGACAAGCAAAUCAAAACCAUCGAAAGAUACAUGAGACGCCUGGAGUUUCACAUGAGCAAGGUGGAUGAGCUGUAUGAGGCCUUCUGCAUCCAGAGCCGUUUGAGGGACGGUGCCAGCCGGAUGAAGCAGGCCUUCUCCUCCUCACCCUCCACCAAGGGCACCAAGGAGAGCAUCGCGGAGGUCAACCGCCGCUAUAAGGAGUACACCGAGAACAUGAGCGCGUUCGAGAGUGAACUGGAGAAUCUGCUCGGGGAGUUUCAUAUCAAAAUGAAAGGUUUGGCGGGCUUUGCUAGGCUUUGUCCUGGAGACCAGUAUGAGAUCUUCAUGCGGUACGGUCGCCAGCGCUGGAAGUUAAAGGGAAGAAUUGAAGUGAACUCCAGACAGAGUUGGGAUGGAGACGAGAUGAUCUUCAUGCCUCUCAUCACCGACCUCAUCAACAUCAAGGUGACGGAGCUGAAGGGCCUGGCCUCUCACAUGCUGGUUGGCAGCGUGAUCUGUGAGACCAAGGAGCUGUUUACCGCCAUGCCUCAGGUUGUGGCUGUGGACGUCAACGACCUGGGGACCAUCAAGCUCAACCUGGAGGUCACGUGGUACCCCUUCGAUGUCGAGGACCUGACUUUGUCGUCCGGUAACUUGAGCAAAGCCACAGCACUCCAGAGACGAGUGUCCGUCUACAGCCAGGGCACGCCGGAGACGCCCACUUUCCAGGACACUUCCUUCUUUUGGCGGCAAUAUCCCGUGCAGCGCCAGCGCCUCUCCUUCCUGCACAUGCUCCGAGACACCCUGCUAGAGAAGUUAAGGCUCAGUCGCUCGUUUGGUGACCUGGCCUCGCUCCGGCCAAGGCCCAAAUCCAGUCUGGAGGUCUAUUCCACUCUACCAGAUGAUGUCUUUGACAACGGGGGCUGCGGCGUGGCAGAGUGUAAACGUCUCUCCUUCACCUUUUCGGACACCUCUGGUUCCAUGCCCAGCCCCGCACCGAGCUCCCACUCCGCAGGCCCGUCCAACCCAGAGAUCACAGUCACCCCUCCAGAAAUGGACCAGUCACCUACACAAAUCCUCCCAACAAGGGAGGACUCCAUCGCUGAGGAGCAUUUAGAGGAAGAAGAAGAGGAGGACGAGGACGAAGACGAGGAUGAAGAGGAAGAGGAGGAGGACGAAGAAGAUGGGGAGACGGGUAGCAGAGGGAGCAGGGGCACCAGUGGCAGCCUCGCCAGCGAUGAAGCUGAGGUGGCAGAGGACUCUGAGUGGGAGCGCACAGAGUCCCAGCGAAAUUCCCUCUUCGGUUCAGCCGCCCCGUCCCUCUGCUCUGACGUCCACCUGUCCGCAGUGGCUCCAGAGGAUGUUUUCUUGGACCACGCUGACGAACUGAAACCCGUCGAGCUGGACGCGGAGGAGGCGGGCAGCCUGACCAGGCAACUCGUGAAGAGGCUGACUUCUUUGGACGUCGCGCCGCCGAGCGGGAGCUCCACGGAUGGGGGAGGGAGUCUGAGCUGGACGGGAGAGGGGAGCAGGGCUUUCCUGGAGAGCAGCAUGGAGGAGGCCAUCCACAGCUUGUUGAUGAGGCUGGAGUCUCUGAAUCACCGCUGCCGAGAGCUGCAGGACCUGGAGCAGGAAGUGAUGCGACUAGAAGACCUGCUCAAGUGUCGUCUGCCGGGUCACAGGAGCAGGUCCUCCAGCCUCAGUCUGACAGUAGAGAGCGCCCUGGAGAGUUUCGACUUCCUCAACACCUCUGACUUUGAUGACGAGGAUACUGGAGACGAUAACGCCGUUCUCAGUACCCCCCCACAAAGGUCUCCGCUGUUUGAUACAGAUGGAGAAAGGAUCGGUAGCCAGCACCCAGAAGCCAGAGGACACCUGAGCGAAGCCCUGACGGAGGACACCGGCGUGGGCAACAGCGUGGCAGGAAGCCCCCUGCCGCUCACCACUGGGAACGAGAACCUGGACGUGGCCAUCGUCAUCCACCUGCAGUACUGUAAUCACCUCAUACAGUUGCUGACCGGUGGGGUCGGUCAAUGGCAGCGUCGCAGUCUUCUCCUCAAACUCUCCGGUCAGACUCAGCUGUUGGAAGAGCUGGCAGAGCUCAGUGUGGAUAAACUGGGAACAAUUACGACUUCUGCAGAUGUUCUCCCGGGCCUCGCGGAGCGCCCACAGCUCAUGACUCUGUGGUCGGAGUGCAGCGGGUCUGCAGGACUUUUCCACACCACACUGGACCGAGUGUUCACGCACAUGAACCACCGCUACGCAGCCGUGCUGCAGGAGAGGCACCCGCGCAGCGCUGACACAGUGAUUGGUGUCGUUGUGAGCGAGAUGGUGGACAGGAGCUAUCUGGUGGCGGCGCACGUCCUGGGACGGCUCACCGCCACUGAGCUGUCCCAGGACGUCCUGACCGUGUUUCAGUUCCACAGCUACGUCUUAGAGCAUGAAGUACUGGACAUGGAGACACACCUCCUACACCUGGCCAGAGAAGAGAUGUUUGCAGAGGCUCUGUGCAGUCAGGAUUAUUCUCGGUGCCUAGCAGAGCUGGAAGAGGUUCCCGUCUCCUCCUUGUGGCCUAGAAACGGCACCCUGAGGGCCCUGGCCUCCCUGCUCACCGCCGAGCACCCUCAGGUCAACAAGGCCGCAGCCGACUACCUCUCUUCUGCGUCACACAGCCGCUUCAGGAUCAGAGCGGUGGAGUGCUACACACACGCGCUGUCAGAGGCCGGAGUCCAGAGCCAGAGGGCGGCUUGUUCGGCGCUCAGCUGUCUGCAGGCAGUAGAGAGCAUCAAGGCGGUGGUUGCACUGUGUGAUUCAGCCGAUGAAGAGCUUCGCCAUGUUGCCAUAGAAACCCUGCUUACAUUUGGUGAGGAGGGGCGGCUGGCCUACGAGCAGCUGGACACGGUGCCCGGGGAAAUCCUCCGCCUCGGCGCGCGGCGGGGAACUGCUGUCACCACUGCCUUCUGAGCCACCGCCACCAGAAACCUCUCAGCCCCGCCCCCUCACACGGCGACACCCAACACUGCACACCUUCACACGGCCGUCAAUGACUGAUCACUUUAUUGAUCCGCUUUUCUGCACCGACUCAUGGAGCUCCGCAUUAGAUCACCGUUCUCUUACCGCACUGCCUCCUCGUAGGAACUAACACCAAACCAACCGCAGAAGACACAAGCUACACUCUUCCCCCGAGACACCUUCACACUCCUUGAUUCACCGUCACUCACUCAGAAACUUCUACGCUUCAAACCUUCCUCUCCCUGCUUCCUGAGCCAGGCAGACCGGACAUACUGAGAGCACAAAUCUGACUGCACACAAAAGCCACUGGAAGGUCAGGACAAGCCGCUGCAACCCAACCCAAUUCACUCAUUGAUUAAUCGUCACCUUGAUUGUUACGGAGACCGUUGUGUCAUGCAAUAUACUAACUAUGAUCUUUGUAUAAUCACUGUCUACAAUUACAAAUGUUUUCUGGCGCUUUUGAAGGAUUUGCACUGUUUGCGAGGCAUGUAAUGUGGCAUAUUUUACACCGCCUGUGUAAUAUGUGUGCUUGUAUUCAAGAUAUAUUUUUAAGUUUUCUAAUACGUUCCAUUUUGAGUUUCAGGGAUUCUUGUACAAUUGGAAGUGUUAUGAGACAGGGAGGACCAAUAAUACGUUGAGAAUGUCAUUCAAGGAGGUUUUAAAGCCGAACUUUAACAGCAGUUUGACCUCAGCUGUCCGUUAUUCGGAGGAAAAGAAAAACCUGAAAGGCAGAUCUUAAGCGGGUCAGCACACUGCCCACGUAUCCCUCGCCGUUUAACAGUCUUCUCAUACAUGCAGUUCAACAAGUGCAAUUUUUCUGCACAAAUGUGAUCCUUAUGCACCGAGACAUUAGAAGACAAGUGGUAAAGUCAUUUGAGCCUUGAUACGGUCGAGCAGGCAGGUUUCCACAAAUACACUCUCGUUGAUUUUUUUUUUUUUUAAUUAUUUUUUAAGUCCAGGGCAAUAGAUUUGGUUUAAGAUUGUGAUCCAAUUCACUUUACAGAGAGAAUACUUUAGGCUGAGUGAAAGCGUCAUUUUCGCUUACUGCUCAUUAAUACAGUAUGUGAGCUAGUGGCAGGAUUGCAAAUUUUUGCUUCUUUUUUUUAUGAGAAGCUGCCGAAUGAGGUUUUAUUUCGCUCCAUCAACUGUGGUGUGGGAAAACUGACCCGAUAUCAGCGGAUAUUCUUUUUCUCAUUGUAAAUGUACUACUGAGUCUUGUGCCAGAGCACAAUGACAAAACUCAUGUUUGUUGACACAUGUUAUUUAUUGUUUACUUGGAAUUCUGGUAUUAUUUGGAGUUAUACUGUAAUAGUGCAGAUGACCUGUAAAUGAGAUGUAUAUUUGUUCUAUUUCGGAUGAAUUCUAUUAUUGGAAAUAUUAUUUAUCGUUUAAAAAGACGUCCAUAACAUCAUACUGCAAAUUCUUAUGUUUAAUUUUAAUUGUUUAUUUUGAAGGAGAUUAGAUUAUUUUGGAAGAUUACAAUAUCAUUACUGUUAAAUCUUACAUAUAUUUCCUAAAAGGUAUUAGACAUAAUGGGACAUUAUUUAUUAGAAAUGUUACUUUAUUACUUCAACCAAAGGCUUUUUUUAAUUUGACUAAUUCAUAACGGAGUGUAUUUUCAAAACGUUUGCAUUUCGGCCAGAAUAAUGACUUUUAUUGCAAAGCACAAAAUAGGACAAACCCAUAAUCUAUGAAUUGUUAUUCGGUUAUAACUGCACAAUCCAAAAGCCAUAUCGAUUAAAAGCAAGUAAUAUUUUUAUGACAUUUUUGUUUUGUAAUAUCUGUAAAUGUAUGAAGUUCUUACUAAAAGCUAGCUCUUUUUUUCUAAGCAACCUUUUGCAAAACAUGCUCUGUAUUUCAUCCACAAUGUGAAUAGCAUUAUAGUAUUUUGGUAAAGUAUAUAAUUCAUCCA